UUACAGAUGUCUUGAUUUUGAAAUUGAGAAAACAUCAUUCAAAGUUUUCUCUGAUAACAAAUUCAUCGCGAAAGCGUGAUAAAUCAUCACGGUCGUAUUUUAAAACUUUUCUUCGCGAAAGAGAAGCGCGCAGCGGUGGUGAAUCGGUUUGAUCGAUGGGACUGACGAUUUUAAACACGCUCGCGUACGUUUGAGUAAACAUUUAGAGACAAGGUUGACCGUUGGCAGACACAAGGAAACCAUUAUUGCGAUAGUCCACGGGCACGCUGUGUGUGGUCUGUGUGCGUGAUAAAACUUUAUCUGCUGCGACACGAAACUUUUUCGCGGCUACGAAGCGAGGAUCGUCCUUUUCGGGAAGCUUGGUGGUUUCCUGUCCGGCCAAGGAUACCGGAAAUCCACAUUAAGCAACAAAGAAAAAUGAUGCGUUUGACUGCUUGUGUACGGGUCUAAUCUUGUCUCAUUUAAUAACUCAAUUGUAACAAUGCUACGGUUCGUCUCGCUUCGUUUAAAGAUGCCUUUCACGUUGUAAAGUGACUCUCAUCGAAAGAAGCUAUACACUUACGAUGGGUAAGCUUUUGAGUCUUUUGGCUCGAGAUGAGUCUACCUGUUGCACCCCUCAGAAGUAUGAUGUCUUCUUGGAUUUCGAAAAUGCACAACCGUCGGACAUCGAACGCGAAACGUUCGAGGCGGUGCAAAGAGUGCUGAAAAAUUCAGAGUCCAUUUUAGAGGAGAUACAAUGUUACAAAGGAGCCGGGAAAGAAAUCAGAGAGGCGAUCUCGGCACCCACGGAGGAAUGUCAACGAAAAGCAUACCUAACCGUGGCACCUCUUGUAGCGAAACUCAAACGAUUCUACGAGUUUUCCUUGGAACUCGAAAGGAUCGUACCGAAAAUUCUGGGACAAUUAUGCUCGGGAAACCUUUCACCGACGCAACAUCUGGAAACGCAACAGGCACUAGUGAAGCAAUUGGCGGAGAUAUUGGAAUUUGUACUGAAGUUCGACGAGUAUAAAAUGAAAACGCCGGCGAUUCAGAAUGACUUCAGCUACUAUCGUAGAACAUUGACGAGGGCAUCGCUGACGUGUCAGGACAACGCCGAAAAGGACCUAGUUGUUGGGAAUGAACUCGCUAACCGAAUGUCCUUGUUUUACGCCCACGCGACACCCAUGCUUCGAGUUCUGAGUCACGCGACCAUUACUUUCUUGAUGGACAACGAAGACAUAGCCAGGGAAAACAUUACAGAAACGCUUGGUACAAUGGCAAAAGUGUGUCUUCGAAUGUUGGAAAACCCGAAUCUGUUGGCGCAAUUCCAACGAGAGGAGACUCAGCUCUUCGUCUUGAGGGUUAUGGUAGGUUUGGUGAUUCUCUAUGAUCAUGUACAUCCCCAAGGUGCCUUUGUAAAGGGUUCGAACGUGGAUGUCAAAGGCUGUGUGAAACUAUUAAAGGACCAGCCGCCUUGUAAAAGUGAGGGCCUUCUGAACGCCCUCCGCUAUACCACGAAACACUUGAACGAGGAAAACACGCCGAAGAAUAUAAAGAAUUUGCUCGCAGCAUGAUUACCGAAGCAACGCGGUUGUUGCAUCAGAAGCUGAGACUACCGACCGCACUUCCUUGCAGAUAUUUCUCAAAUGGUAUCGUUUCGAACGACCGUUUUUGUUAAUUCCGUGCUUAAAGUGCAAUCCGCAUCAGACUUCUUUCUUGCAUGCGUCUGACAAAUAGCGGACCAUACGCGUGUCCUCGAUAAAGCUCUAUGUCGAAAGCUGCCCGAAAACUGCCGAGACAGUUGAAGUCUUCGAACAACAAUCAUUAAGUGACACGAUAACGUAACGAUCGAUUUUGGCAGAACGAUCAUUGCGCGUUUCUUUUAUUUUCCUGCUAUCUCUUCUGAGGAGUACAUAUAUGUGCGAUUAUUACUAUUCUAAAAAAAUUAUUACUGAUAUUACUAUUAAACGUUGCGAAGCAACUAUUGCCGAGGCAUUGUCAAAUCUUGGCAAAACUUCCACGCUUUCAUUAUUUUGAUUAAAUAUUCGUUGCCAUUAAUAUUUCCCAAUAGCAAAUCCCGCAGGACCUCAGUUUGCGAAAUUUUCCAACGACAAAGAAAGUUAGAUAGAAUAAAGCUACAAUAGAUUUUUAUGAUAACAGAUUGUUCCUCGUAGUAAUGUUUCCCUUGCAGCGUUCCAACCAAAAUCGUCUAUUGACAUGAUUUCCGGCCGAACGGGUUGAAAAGUUAAUUAGAGCAUAUCAUAGUGUAUUUAAGAUAACGUGGAUUACGGAAGUGUUACGAAGAGAGCUUUAAUCACGUUAUGGAUAUUAUGGAGAUUUUUAGCUCUUGUUUUCUUUGUUGAACGGCGAGCGAGAGGGUGGAUUGUGAAACUGUGAAUUGCAGAGUCGAAUAUUGCCGAAUCACCGAGUAUAAUCGAUAAUUUUAUCGGUGAAAAACCAAUAUUUGGAAAGUAUUAAAUAUUAUAUUUGUACGCGAUCUGGAUUAAUUAAAAUCUAAAGUCACACAUUUUGUAAUCUUUUCGUAUACACGCGAUUGAAGGUUAUAAUAAGGAAACCAAAGAUGUGUGUGUGCUUUUAGUGUAUAAAGAAGCUAUGAGAACAUCAAAGAUGUGAUUUAUUAUUAUUAUUAUAUUAUUAUUGUAUUAUUAUUAUUAUUAAUAUUCUCAUAACGAGCGAUGCAACAAAAUUUUAUUUAUAGUAAUUAGUAAUUAGAACUCACAUGUAACCGCGAUAUAUUUCAGCGGUAUUACGUCAUUAUUUAUAUAUUGAUACAAAAAUAUUUCCGUCUAUGUGCAAAUAGUCAUCGCACAACAUUAUAAUGUUUUGUCCUUUUAACAUCGAUGUAAUUUUUUUAUCAACCAUUUUAAGUUGUAGAUUUUGUUGCUUCAAGAAUUAUGUUAUCGUUUCUUAAUAUUCUUAAUUAAUUAUAA